AUGACUCACGAGUCCGUUUGGUACAGCCGGCCCCGCAAGUUCGGCAAGGGCUCCCGUGGCUGCCGUGUCUGCUCGCACCGCGCCGGUCUGAUCCGCAAGUACGGGAUGAACAUCUGCCGUCAGUGCUUCCGUGAGAAGUCCCAGGACAUCGGUUUCAACAAGGUUAGUCCAUUCGAUGACUCGCUUUCGCCCUCCGCCAUAUCGAAGAAUCUACACCGGGAUAUUCGACGCUGGAACGAACUAUCACAUCGAUCACAAGAAAUAUACUAA